GGGCGGCGGCGCUUGCGCAGCGGUUUGUGCACAGUGAGGAGAGAGAGAGAGAGAGACCGUCUCCCGGCUGCCACAAGAGUUGGUCGAGGCUCCACAGGGAACAGCUUGGUCACAUCAUCUGAAACUGGAGGAAGAAUCCAGCAAUUAUGGCGACAGACUCUCCACGCAGACCCAGCCGCUGCACCGGUGGAGCAAUGGUUCGCCAUCAGGCCGUCACGGAGCAAUCGUACAUGGAGAGCGUGGUGACUUUUCUGCAAGAUGUUGUCCCACAGGCUUACACCAGCUCCCCUCCGCCUGACGAGAAGGAGAAAAUAGUCUGGGUUCACUUCGAAAAAGCUGACAUUAAUGAUAUAGCGAGAAAUCCCGAAUAUCAUGAGAUGAACAACACGGGAAAUGAUCCUCCCCUGCUCCUGCUCAUUGGAUACACAGAUGGGAUGCAGAUUUGGAGCAUUCCCAUAAUUGGCGAGGCACAGGAGCUGUACUCUGUACGAAACGGCCCCAUCCGCACAGCCCGGGUCCUACCAUCACCACAAACAGGUCCUCAGAAAAUUGAUAAUUUUGCUGAGAAAAGGCCGCUGCUUGGUGUGUGCAAAAAUGCAGGAUCAGCAGGCCCACCAUACUGCUGUGUUGAUCUGCACUCGCUUCGCAAUGGUGAAAUGGUCAAGUCCAUCCAGUUCAAAACUCCCAUCUACGAUCUUCACUGCAACAAAAGGGUCCUGGUGGUUGUGUUGCAGGAGAAGAUUGCGGCCUUCGAUAGCUGCACUUUCACGAAAAAAUUCUUUGUUACAAGCUGCUAUCCAUGUCCUGGGCUGAAUCCUAACCCAAUUGCACUGGGAAGCCGCUGGCUUGCCUACGCUGAAAACAAGCUCAUCCACUGCCAUCGAUCCCGUGGUGGGGCCUGUGGAGACAAUAUCCAGUCUUAUACAGCCACAGUCAUCAGUGCUGCCAAAACAAUCAAGACAGGACUCACCAUGUUUGGGGAAGCGGUUGGAAGGCUCGCUGGCAGCUUGCCCUCGGUGGCGAUUGAGGAUGAGGUUUCGAUCCACAGCACCUCCCGACGUAGCCCUCACAUCCCCGGAGUUGUCACAGUCAUCGAUACUGAGACCGUGGGCGAAGGCCAGGUACUUGUCAGCGAAGAUACGGAAGGUGAAGGCAUUGUAACUCAUUUCCUGGCCCAUGACAAUAAACCCAUUUCCUGUAUGGCUUUCAACCCCAGUGGAAUCCUGCUGGUAACAUCUGACACGCAAGGGCAUGAUUUUCACGUGUUCCGGAUCCUGACUCAUCCGUGUUCCUCGUCACAGAGUGCCGUGCAUCACCUGUACACCUUACACCGUGGAGAGACCGAGGCUAAGGUGCAGGACAUUUGCUUCAGCCAGGACUGCCGUUGGGUUGUAAUCAGCACCUUACGAGGAACCUCCCAUGUCUUCCCAAUAAACCCGUAUGGCGGCUCGCCCUCCGUACGAACUCACAUGUCUCCGCGUGUAGUAAACCGCAUGAGCCGAUUCCAGAAGAGUGCUGGGCUGGAAGAUAUUGAGCAGGAGCUGACAUCUAAACAAGGAGGUCGUUGCAGUCCCGUCCCUGGUCUCUCCAGCAGCCCCUCGGGGUCUCCUCUGCACAGCAAAUUGAGCAACCAGGAGGCUUACAACAGCUUCACCAACAACAACCUGGGGAACCCCCGGCUCUCGCCCAUCCCAAUACUGACCAUUGUGCUGCCGCUCGCACAGAUCAAACAGCCCAUGACUCUGGGAACCAUCACCAAACGUACAGGACCUUACCUGUUUGGGGCGGGAUGUUUUUCCUUAAAAGCUCCGUGUAAGAGCAAGUCCCGCUCGGCCCCGCAGAUCUCGCCCAGCAAAGCAGCCGGUGGCGAAUUCUGCGUCGCUGCCACUUUUGCUUCAUCGCGAUCCUGGUUAACGACCAACCCCGGUCUGAAGCGGGAGAAAGAUCAAUUGAAGCAGUCGGUGGUGGAUUCCUUAUUCAUUAUCAGUUGCUACGGUAACCUGGUGGAGCAUAUGAUUGAGCCACGGCCCGUCAACACUGUUCAGAAGAUCAGUGAUGACACUCAGUUGGAGUUGGUGACGUCUCCUCGAGCCAGCUGGACACUGGCCAGGACUCCGCAGUGGAACGAGCUGCAGCCGCCCUUCAAUGCAAACCAUCCUUUGCUGCUCGCUGCUGAUGCUGUACAGCACUAUCAGAACCAGCUGGCUGGGCUGAUUUCCCCUGGCAGCCCGGGACCCAUCACACGUCAUGAGUCGUAUGACAGCCUGACCUCCGACCACAGCAGCCAAGAAGAUGAGGAGUGGCUGUCCCAGGUAGAGAUUGUGACGCAUACAGGACCCCAUCGGCGUCUGUGGAUGGGCCCUCAAUUCCAGUUCAAGACAAUCCAUCCUUCAGGACAAACAACAGUGAUUUCUUCCAGCUCCUCAGUCCUUCAGUCACACGGUCCCAGUGACACUCCACAGCCACUUAUGGACUUCGACACCGACGACCUGGAACUCAAUACUCGCAGGAUUCAGCCGGUUCGCUCAGAGCCUGUGAGCAUGCCAGGAUCAUCGCGGGUCAUUGCUGAUCGGAGAGGACUUUCCACAGUGAUCGACGCUGGCUCAGUGCCAGGAUCGGUAUCCAGUAGCGGGAAGGAAUUUGAUCCCAGCUCAGACAAAUGGCAGCCCGCCAGAGACGAGCCUGUAGAGUACUUCAUCCAAGCAGGUACAUUUGACCGCAGUGUGACGCUGCUGGAGGUGUGUGGCAGCUGGCCAGAGAGCUUCGGGCUGAGGCACAUGUCUUCCAUUGACAACACGGAGGAAGGUCUUCGCGAGCGGCUCGCGGACGCCAUGUCUGAGUCGCCCAGUAGGGACAUAGUGGGCUCCGGAACAGAGCUCCAGAGGGAGGGCAGCAUUGAGACCCUGAGCAACAGCUCGGGCUCCACCAGCGGGAGCAUUCCCCGAAACUUCGAGGGCUAUCGCUCCCCACUGCCCACCAACGAGAACCAGCCUCUCAGCCUCUUCCCAACCAGUUUCAACUGAACCUCAUCCGACGUCGCAACGUCCCUCUUCGGCAAAACCUGGACACGGGGCUGGGACUCCGGCUCGGGCCACGUUAGCACCAAAUUGACCUGAGCCGAAGAGGGAGCGGAGCGGAGCGUGGCAGCGACACUGACACAAUUAGCCAGUCGCACGCAGGCCCCCAUCGCGCUCUCGCUCCGCUCCUCACUGAAGGGUCAACGACGUCCGCGGUGGUCGGCGUUAACCCUUCAAGUCCCGGUUUGUGCUGACUUGUACAACAAGCUACCUGUCACCCGCAGGUUUCGCUAAUUCUCCAAUAGGCCAGAGUUUGCUCGUCUGUCACAGUCCGUCCGUGAAUUUCGACGUGCCCGACGACUGAUGGCGGCAGGUGUGAGCGCUCAGUCAGCUCCUGUCCCGAAUAUUUCCGUUGAUUUCCUUUUUGUUGUUGUUAACAGUUUCAAGGAUCUUGCCAAAUGGUAGACUCUUUUAUUGCUGGGCUAAGAGUUUGGUUCUGUUUUCGCACGGCUAGUAAUGUUACAGUGAUGAUGCUCAGAACGGCGGCUCUUAGUGCUCUUUAAGAGGUGAAGUGGAAUGGGUCUGCAGUCACUGCACGCACCUAAACACACGCACGCACACGCAGCACAUCACCCUUAGAGCUGCCACGUGGCCGUUUGGUUUUGUGACUCUGCGAGGGGUUAACACGGCUGGCCUGCAUGUGUGAUUAUUGCGGUGUUUCCAUGACUUUUCUGAACGACUUGGAUUCAAGAAUCAUCUUCUUCAAGCUGUUAGGACUGAUAAACGGGGAGUGAGCGAGCGAUGCGAGCGAGAGAACAGCGGGGAGGAGCCGGUGUGUGAGGAGCUCUCUGAUCGCAGACCCUGCGAAGCUGCUACUCUGCACAGACGACACUGAUCAGAGCACGUACCUCGCGGUUAUACACCUCGCACACAACGCAUGCACAUACACCCCAUAUCCACACAUAUAAAUACACCCGCCCCCGUGCCCCCCGUCCCGUCCCGCGUACAGGCAUAUAAUCUGGGGAACAGUUUGGGUGAAACUUGUUCUAUUUGUUACUUGUAAACUCUUGACGACCGCCCCCCCACCCACCCCCAAGAAAAAAACUCUACAUCUAUCUCUCUCUCUCUGUCCCUAUUUUUAACAGAGGAAAACAUUCAGUCCUGAAUGAUGUCAGCAGAAAUCUCCUUCGCACCCAGAAGCUCGGCCCCACUAACUGGCUUUAGUCUUUAUACCUGGAGUGAAGCUAUCAGGCUCGGUUACUCUGUGCCUGCUCUGGGAGGUGGGUGGGGGGGGGGUGUGGGUAGGGGAUAGCAGCCUGCUCUCCGAGUGGCACUUUCCUAUGUGUGAUGACCUGUGGGAUCCUUUUUUUGCUGCUAAUGUUUCAUUUACAACAAUCCAAAUAAUUAAAAGGCACAGAUUGUGAAGCUGA